GACGAUGGCGUGGACAGUUGGUCUGAGUAACCUUGUGUUAGCGGUCUACGGAUUCACACUGAUAACAGGCCUUCCCUCCAACAUCUUGGCUUUCUACACCUUCUUUAAGAAGGUCCGCCAGCGCUCCACCCCGAUGGACGUGCUGUUACUCAGUUUAACCAUCUCUGACCUGAUCUUCCUCUUCUUCCUGCCGUUUCGCAUGGUGGAGGCAGCCAGCAUGAAAUGGACAAUGCCUUACUUCCUCUGCCCGCUGUCGGGAUUCGUCUUCUACUCCACCAUCUACAACAGCACCUUUCACCUGACGGCCAUCAGCGUGGAGCGCUUCCUGGGUGUGGCUUUCCCCAUUAAAUACAAGCUCAAACGCAACCCUCGAAACGCUGUGAUAGCCAGCAUCAUAUUCUGGGUGAUCUCCAUGGCACACUGCAGUAUCGUCUACAUCAUGCAAUACCACGAUCAUUCGAACCCCAACUUAACCGAUCCCUCCAAACGUAACACCUGCUAUGAAGAAUUCUCUGAGGAACAGCUCAAGAUCCUCCUUCCGGUUCGCCUGGAGCUUUUCGCGGUGCUCUUCGUAACGCCGUUCUUCAUCUGCUUCUUCUGCUACAUCAAAUUCAUCCACAUCCUCUCAAAUCUGCCCAGCAUCAAUGCCAAGAAGCGGUAUAGAGCCAUCGGGAUGGCGUUGGGCACGCUUCUGGUCUUCAUUAUCUGCUUCAUGCCCUAUAACAUCUCACACGUGGUUGGAUAUGUAGGGAAAUACAGCCCAGACUGGCGUGUGUAUGCGCUGCUCACCAGCACGUUCAAUGCGUGCCUUGAUCCUUUCAUAUUCUACUUCUCUUCUUCAGCACUUAGAGGAACAUUUAAGAACGUCUUCCAGGAGCUGUCGAGGAGGCUGGUCAUGCCUUGCUGCCGCUCGCCUUACUAUUGUCCUCUGUUGAACUGUUCAAGUACAGAGGAGAAAACUCAGAGCACGACUGACAGCUCUCUGUAACAUCACAAGCCGGGACUUGUGAAACGUGACUCGAUCUGAGAAGUAUCAGAAGAGCACCACAUGGGCCAGUAUUUUUCUGUGUUUUCUUCUGACUGAGUCCAAAGCAAAUGAACAUAAUUCUGAUGCACAGCUUAAUGGACCUGUAUAAUGGGCCACUAUUACUAGGAAGGUUCCAGUAUUUUUUUUCCCAUUCAUUUUUCCCAUAGGGAUUUUAAAAAAGCAGUAUAAGCUGUGAAACAAAUCAAUCAGCUACGAGGGCGAUUACAAACAGCAUUACGAACUUUAUUUUGAAACUUAGACAAGUUAGACAAAAAGGUACAAGAUUUAACGACUUUAUAGAGGGAGAACUACCAUGAAGCAUUGUGAAUUACAUAGUGAAAUUUAAAAUGAUGGAGACAUAUAAAACUAUUAAUUUAAUGUUAUAUAUACAUAUACGGGGUUGCCAUGAUGAGAAUUGUUCACUGUGACUCGCUGAUUGGUGGAAUUUUCUGUACAGCAUCAUGGGUGCUAUUGUUUUUUUGCCACAAAUUCAGCUGUUACAUUAUUUUAAAAAUGCAUAUACUGUACCAUCGAUUAACAACCUUGAAUCUCACAGUAGUUCUGUCUUUAAAGGUUUAUAAGUUAUCAUUCAAAAUAAGUUUUUCUAUGGAGAA